GCAGCGGCUCGCUUAAGUAACGGAAAAUUGAAAGAUCAAAUUUAACGAAAAAAGUGGAAAAAAAAGAUUUCAAAUUUAAAAAAAGAAUUAUUAAAUAUUAAGCAAACAAUAAGAAAAUAAAAGUAAUGACAUUUUCUUAAAAUAUUAAGCUAAACAAAAGUAAUGAAAUUCAAAAGCAAUUAAAAAGUAAAAAUUUAUUAUUAUUAAUUAAAACAUCUAAGUGUUAAUUUAGAGCAAGCUAUUUAAUAAAUAAAACACAAAAUGGCGACUUUAGCUUUAAGAUCAAAUAAGGAAGUCAUGCAUAAAGCCGGCUGGAAAUUGGAUGAAAAUGAGGAAGCCUGUUACAUUGACAUAGAGAAUGACGAUGAUGCGACCACAGACACAGUUGACGACAAGAAUAGAACAUAUUCAAAUUGGAAUAAUCUGCCCGAUAUAGUGCUGGAACAAAUCUUUACAUAUUUAUCACCCAGAGAACGUUACUAUGCGGGUUUGGCCUGCAAACAAUGGUCACGGGCUUUUUACUUGCCCACCGUUUGGGAUAAUUUUCUAGUCGAUGAUCGCACCUUGACCCGGCAAAAAUACAAUUAUUAUUCUGGCUGGCAAUACUGUUUGGAUCACAUGCGCACACAGAAUUGUUUGGCACGCAUUGGCCGUUACUUGAGAGGUUUGGAAUUUCGGCCCGAAAUUAGUUUCAAUAAUAUCUAUCAGUUCAUGACCAUGUUGUCAUGGAGCAUGGGCAAGGCUGCCGAGGUAAAUGGUCCCAAAGAGAUGAAGGGCACUGGCUCACGUAUACGUUCGUUGGUGUAUGUAUUUCCCUGCAACAUGUCACAAGCCAAUGAUCCCGAGGGUAUAAAACUCUUUGGUACGGGCGGUCAACUGCUGAAGGGUUUAAAGGAUUUGCUAUCGAAAUUAACGAAUUUAAGAACUUUGAAAUUAAUCGAUUUUGUAUUGGAGCGUUAUGAAGCUAAACAUUUGCUGGACGAAGUCUUGGAUGCCUGUUGCACGAAAAUGCGUGUCUUGAAUUUGGUGAAUGUGACUACUUUGCAUUGCCCCAUAAUGCAUGUGGGUUUGUUUUUAAAUUUGCAGAAUUUAACCAUUUCCCCUCAAAACAUAGACGAUGAUGUCUUAUUACUGUUGGCCGAUACCAAAUUGAAACAUUUACAUUUAUUGCAAAAUUGUUAUACCCUUUCAUAUCUCACGAUUGGCCAUUGCAGUGUCAAGGCCUGGCGAAUAUUGAAAAGAGACAAUCCCAAGUUAAAGGUUCACUUAAGAGUCGAAUCUAUGAACGAUGGUGAAAUUGUCUUUCAGCCUGAAGCUCCGGUUUAUAGUGUGACUUAUGCUGCUCCCAAAACCAUGAUCCAUCCAGAUAUUGUUAUGAAAAUGGUGGAUCAUUAUAAAAAUCAUUUGGCUGUUUAUGGUUAUGAGACGAUGCCACGUUUUUCUAGUCCCAAAUCUUUUCACAAUCGUAUCGAUUCGUUGAUGUUGUUAAUUUGUAGACAAUGUUUUAAUUUACAUACUUUGUUGGUUCGCGAGAAGGUCUCCACCUCAACUGUGCUUUUAAUAGCUCGUACUGCAAAAAAUCUUCGACGUUUAUAUGUGCGUCGCUUUGGCACCAUAAUACGUUGCGAUUGGCCCCGACAUCCCGAAUGGUCCGAUGAGUUUAAUAUAUGGCUGCGUCGUUCAUCGCGAUCGUACGAGUCCGUGGAACGUGAAGUUUCACAAAUUUUAGGUUACAGUUGGCACUUUUUAAGCGAUCAGGAAUACAAACUAGUUACAGCGGACGUUCAAAAUGAAUGGUGAAAUAAAUAGUUAAGUAAAUGUGAUAUUGUUAUAAAAGAAAAUGUUGUUUUUAUUUAUUUUAUUAAAUUAUUAUUAUUUUUUUAAAA